UGGAAAUCGAACUACACAUGUCGUAUGUGUUUGUACUAUUCAUCAAAAUGUAAAAUUGAUGUUAGACUGAUGUAAUUUUCCAAAAUUUGUGAAAAACACCGAUUGGGUUGUAGAAUCUCAGCCAAUUUACAAAAAUUUAUUAAAUAAAUUAGUUUGUAACAAUCCAAAAGAAUCGUGCUUUUCCAGAAUGUGCAAUAGUUUUCCAAAUAAUGAAGAAAUCGCUGAUUAUUUUCGUGUGUCGUUUAAUGAAUCUGAUGUUAAUGAAAUCCAAUAUAAAAUGUGGACAUCAACAGACCGUUGUACUAUUGUGAAUAUUACUUCAGAUUCCGAAGACUUCAUCGAGACUUUAGUGACGCAACUUGAUAAGCUUUUGAAACAUGAUUUUAUUGCGAAAACACAAAGUCGAUUUUUUUCUGAUACAAAACUAAAUUUAAAGAGCGGGGAAUUCACCGUAGUAUUUGACUUUGCGGAAAAUUAUGCAUUCGUUGUGCAGGAAGCAGCUCAAGGCUUUCAUUGGAAUAAUGAUCAAGCUACUAUACUUCCAAAGGUGAUUUAUUAUAACGAAAAUGAUACUAUUAAGCAUUUGAGCUUUGUUGGUACUUCAGAUUGUCUUAAGCACGACACAGUUUUAAUUUAUUUAUUUCAAGAGCAAUUGAUUGCCUUUCUUAAAAAGAAGUUUGCUGUCAUCAAUACGAUUUUUUACUUCUCUGAUGGAGCUCCACAACAAUUCAAAAACAAGAAAGCAUUUACAAACUUAUGUUAUCAUUAUGCUGACUUCGAAAUCAACGCUGAGUGGCAUUUUUUUGCAACUGCCCAUGGCAAAGGACCAUGCGAUGGUCUUGUGGGUUCAUUAAAACGAUAUGCUGCUAGAGUUUCAUUACAAAUGAACAAUAAAGAGCAUAUACUGAAACCACAAGAUUUGUUUUCCUGGGGAACGAAAAAUUUUACAAGCGUUGACUUUACUUUUAUAGCUAAUGACGAUUAUUUAAUAAAAAAAAAUGUGUUAGACGUACGAUAUUCUCAAUCGAAAACGGUUAAAGAUGUGAUUGAUCUAAUUGGUUUUGAUGGUAGAUCGUUUGUCUACAAAGAUGGAUAA